GCGCCGCCCAGGCAAGCGGCGCGGUGACGCAAGGCGAGCGCGCCGGAAGGAGCGGGGCCAGGCGCGAGGCGGCGGGAGGAUUUGGCGGCAGCGGCGGAGCGCGGCGGGAGGCGCAGCAGCAUGAGCGCGCGGCUGAGCGAGGGCGCCAUCGCGGCCAUAAUGCAGGGGGAGAGCGUCUCCAAGCCCGUGCUGCAAGUCAUAAAUACACGGGCUAUUGCUACAGGAAAUGGGCCACCGCGUUACCGAGUGCUGAUGAGUGAUGGUGUUAACACCCUCUCCUCAUUCAUGUUGGCAACCCAGCUGAACUCUCUUGUGGAAGAGGAGCGCUUAGCAGCUCACUGUAUCUGCCAGGUUAACAGAUUCAUUGUCAACAGUCUGAAAGAUGGAAGGAGAGUGGUUAUUCUGAUGGAUUUGGAUGUUCUGAAAACUGCUGAUAUGGUUGGUGGGAAUAUUGGCAAUCCGGUGCCAUAUAAUGAAGGACAGGGGCAGCAACGUUCCUCAGCUCCAGCAGCAAACCCUGCGCCCAACAAACCACAGCAGCAGAAUGGUAAUUUGUCAGUAGCGGGUCCUGCUGCUCCGAAGUACCAUGCUCCCUCAAAGCAAUUUGGUAAAGCAAGUGGUCCCAGCUCAAUGAAGACACCAGGUGGAUCACAGUCCAAAGUAGUGCCCAUAGCCAGCUUGAACCCUUACCAAUCUAAGUGGACCAUUUGUGCCCGUGUUACCCAAAAGGGCCAGAUCCGCACGUGGAGCAACUCCCGUGGUGAAGGAAAGCUCUUCUCUAUAGAGCUGGUUGAUGAAAGUGGUGAGAUUAGAGCUACUGCAUUCAAUGAUCAAGCAGACAAAUUCUUUCCACUCAUUGAAUUGAACAAGGUAUAUUAUUUUACCAAAGGCAAUUUGAAGACUGCUAACAAGCAAUAUACAGCUGUUAAGAAUGACUAUGAAAUUACAUUCACUAAUGAGACUUCAGUUGUGCCCUGUGAUGAUGCCCGGCAUCUUCCAUCUGUUCAGUUUGAGUUUGUAUCCAUCUCUGACUUGGAGAACACGCCCAAAGACUCAAUUGUUGAUGUAAUUGGAAUUUGUAAGAGCUAUGAAGAUGUCACUAAAAUUACAGUGAAAUCUAACAAUAGGGAGGUGUCAAAGAGGAACGUGCAUCUGAUGGAUACGUCUGGGAAACUGGUGACAGCUACGUUAUGGGGAGUUGAGGCUGAAAAAUUUGAUGGUUCUAGACAACCUGUGAUAGCCAUCAAAGGAGCCAGAGUCUCUGAUUUCGGUGGUAGAAGCCUGUCUGUCCUGUCCUCGAGCACAGUUGUCAUCAACCCUGAUAGCCCAGAGGCUUUUAAGCUCCGAGGAUGGUUUGACUCUGAGGGGCAGCUUUUGGAGUGUGCCUCAAUCUCUGAUGUGAGGGGUGGACCUGCAACUGGGGGAAAUACCAACUGGAAAACUCUGUUUGAAGCCAAAUCUGAGAACUUGGGACAAGGAGAUAAGGCGGAUUAUUUUAGCUGUGUGGGCACAGUGGUACAUCUGCGCAAAGAGAACUGCAUGUACCAGGCAUGUCCCUCUCAGGAUUGCAAUAAGAAAGUGAUAGACCAACAAAAUGGACUGUACCGUUGUGAAAAGUGUGAUCGUGAAUUCCCCAACUUCAAGUACCGCAUGAUGCUUCUGGUGACCAUUGCAGACUGUCUGGAGUAUCAGUGGGUGACUUGCUUCCAAGAGUCAGCAGAAUUCAUUCUUGGGCAAAGUGCUGCUUUCCUUGGAGAGCUGAAGGAAAAGAACGAGCAGGCAUUUGAGGAAGUGUUCCAAAAUGCAAACUUCAACACGUAUGAGUUCAGGAUCCGAGUCAAACUGGAGACUUACAAUGAUGAAUCUCGCAUUAAGGCUACAGCACUGGAUGUCAAACCUGUGAACUACAGAGAAUACAGCAAGAGGUUGAUCACAAGCAUCAGGAAAAACGCUCAGCUGGGAUGAGAGGGCUGGUGCUGAUUGAUCUGAAGCCAAAGCUUCCACUUCCAGGAAAAACUCGAGCGAUAAUGUUAAAUUGAUUUCUCCCCACCCAGUGUGAGACGAUUUGGCAUUAGUUACACCGUGCAUGGUAGUCCAGUGUAGUGGGCUGAGUGAUUUAAUGCAUUUCUCUGAACAUAUGCCACUGGUAAGAUUGCACUCAAAUGGCCAUGAUAUUGUAGACUAUUGUGGUCAAUUAAACUAUGAUAGUGCUAAAGAGGACUCUUCCAGCUAGAUUGCAGUAUCUUUAGACAAAGCAUUCAGAAUGUCUGAAAUAACUUUGCUUUCUUGGUCUAUGUAAAGCUAAAUUCUAUAACCAUUGCAAGAAAGUAGUGACAACCUUGGCACUUUGACUUGUUCAGCAAAAGGUAGGAGGAAGACUGUCACACAGCUUUCAGAUGUGGACUAAAGAGAACAGGUCUAUUAGUGCAAGUUAGUUCUCUUUCGUAGAAUUCAAAGGCUUUUUCUUUCCAUAGGUGCCAUGCAGUUGUUAAUGCUUGGAAUGGCAAUAUGGUAGAAUUAUUAAUCAAAGACGUAUCUCUUAUAUCUGAAGAAUAUCCUUCCUUCAGGGUUUAAUAGACUGAGUCAGAUGGGUCUGAUAUUAAUCAAAAUUGUCUCUUCUGAGGAAGGCAGAUAAGCAUUGACUCUCCAUCCCCCAGGGAAAUCUAGGCAACUACAAAGCAUUGCUUUAGUUUUCAUUUCAAUUAAUACUAUGUUUUUGACUGAUUUUGGCACGUAUUUCCUGCCUAUACAUACUUUGUAUGUUUGUAUGUUCAAUUUCUUAGGUUUUAUUUGUAAUAAUGUUAAUCAGAAACAGGUCUUUAAGUGGGGGGAGCUUUGUUUCAAUAAAGAGUGUUUAAUUCCUA